AUGCUGGAGAACACCAAUAUCAGGCGCCGGCACCAAACAAACGCGCACGAAAAGAAGAUUCCCUCCAAGGCUUUCCCCCGGAAACGAAGCAAAACGUCUGUUUCCCUGAAGGAACAACUCUCACAACUCCAGGAUCAAGUGACUGCGCUUUCCAAGAAUCGAAGUUUUCAAGGAACAGAUACACGAAAUGUAUUCGCCACGCAGUCUUAUAAUAGGAGCAUGUUAGCCUCAGAUAAACCUCCUAGCCGAAUUUCUUCAUCAAUAUCCAUCGACUCGGGAAACGAUGUUUUCGAGAAUCGCUUUGCUGGUAGUUUUACUGCCUCUCCAAAUAUUCCUACUCCUUUAGAGGAGUCAACAGAGUCGGAUACGCUCGGUGUCAACACUCCCUCCUUGAACAGCUUGCCGAUUGGUUCCCAACUCAAUGCAUUGAGGAACCUCCGGCAGCCUAACGCUCCAGGGGGCCUCGAUGACUCGUCCCAAUUCUUGAUUGCCACGCCCGCUAUCUACGAGCGAUUAUCAAUGGUUCUGUCGCUCCAUGGAUAUGACCACGAGCAUCACCAAAUUAUCAUAAGCUCUGACAAUUCUAAAAUCAUCGCCAUUCUGUUGAAUAUGUUAGCAUACGCUUAA